AAUACAAAGCGCAGCCGGUCUCAGGGAAAACGGACACAAAGGAAAGAGGAGCACUCAGAGGUUUUAAAUCGGAAGACCAAGAGAGUCAGGUACACACAAGAUACACUUUUAAACUAUUCACCAUAUCAACAAAGCGCGUAGGAGGCAAAAUACAGCAACCCAAAAUUAACAACCCAACAAGGAGUGUGAAUAAAAAACGCCAUCGAAGAGGAUCUUGGACGGCAUGCAAAGUUGUGAAAUUUCCUCAGACAGCACUGAUGAUCCUCUUAGUAGUGGUUUACGAACUCAUCGGCAGCCUCGAAUAGUAGUCAUUGGUGCUGGGUUGGCCGGCCUUGCUGCGACUAAGAUCCUACUGAAAAACGGCUUCACUGAUGUCACUGUCCUAGAGGCGUCAGACCACAUCGGCGGGAGAGUUCAGAGUGUUCAGCUCGGAAAAGCAACUUUGGAGCUUGGAGCCACCUGGAUCCAUGGAGCCAAUGGGAACCCAGUGUACCACCUGGCGGAGGACAACGGGCUGCUGGAGCACACCACGGACGGGGAGAGGAGCGAGGGACGCAUCAGCCUGUACACCAAGAAUGGGGUGGCUCACUACCAGACCAACGCUGGGCGGAGGAUCCCCAAGGACCUGGUGGAGGAGUUCAGUGACCUGUACAACGAGGUGUACGAGCUGACUCAGGAGUUCUUCCAAAACGGGAAGCCAGUUUGUGCUGAGAGCCAGAACAGCGUCGGCGUCUUUACACGGGACGUGGUGCGCAAGAAGAUCAUGCUGGAUCCAGAUGAUCCUGAAUGCACCAAGAAGCUCAAACUGUCCAUGCUUCAACAGUACCUCAAGGUGGAGAGUUGUGAAAGCAGCUCCCCCAGUAUGGACGAGGUGUCUCUGAGUGAGUUUGGCGAGUGGACAGAGAUCCCUGGUGCACAUUAUGUCAUUCCUGAAGGUUUCAUGAAGGUGGUGGAGCUCCUGGCCCAGGACAUCCCCUCUCGCACCCUCUCUCUCAGCAAACCAGUCCGCUGCAUCCACUGGAACUACUCUGCCAAGCAUCAGCAGGCGAUUGCCCAGAGCAGCCACACCCACCAGGGCAACAACCACAAUGAAUACUACCACGGCUGCCAGCCUCGCGAGGACCCUCUGAUCUUCGGCCACCCCAUUUACGUGGAGUGCCAGGAUGAGGAGUGGAUCCCAGCCGACCACGUGAUCGUGACAUCUUCUCUGGGAGUCCUGAAGCAGAACCAUGAAGCCAUGUUCUCCCCCUCCCUGCCUGAGGAGAAAGUGCUCGCCAUCGAGAAGCUGGGCAUCAGCACCACCGAUAAGAUUUUCUUGGAGUACGAAGAGCCCUUCUGGAGCCCAGAGUGCAACAGCAUCCAGUUUGUGUGGGAGGAUGAGGCUCUGCUAGAACAGCUGGUGUACCCCGAGGAGCUGUGGUACAAGAAGAUCUGCAGCUUCGACGUCCUCUACCCGCCCGAGCGCUACGGCUACAUGCUGAGCGGCUGGAUCUGCGGCCAGGAGGCUCUGCAGAUGGAGCGCUGCGAUGAUGAAACAGUUGCUGAGACCUGCACUGAGCUGCUGAGGCGCUUUACAGGAAACCCCAACAUUCCUAAGCCCUGGCGUGUCCUGCGCUCCUCGUGGGGCAGUAACCCCUUCAUCCGAGGGUCCUACUCCUUCACCAGGGUUGGAUCCAGCGGAGAGGACUGUGAGCGACUGGCCAUGCCGCUGCCUUAUGCCAACAGCACCAAGGCUCCAGUAAGACAACCACUACACAGAAUAAUAAAAACACAUCUAAAGUAUUUAACCUUAGUCUAAUUGAGAUCAAGAUCAGUUUUAUCAAGAGUUUGUACAAACAAAUAAACAUUAACUAUUUAAGCUUACUAGGCAAUUCAAUAUCCCGGAAAAUAAUUAUCUCCUAGUAACUGUAAGAGGUUGUUCAGAUUAAAAUAAAAAGGACACAUCUUUGGCUUUAUUCCUGGGAUUACCUGGUAUUAUACGUGUAGAAUACCAAUAUUUGCUAAAGAGUUUUACUGGGAAGUACUAUGCAAUUAGUUACUUAUUUUAGGGGAAACUACACAGUUUGUGUAGCCUAGGCAAACUGUGCAUAAACAUACAACAUAAGACUGAUCAAACAAGACUGAAGGGGAAAUCGGGAGAAGGGCGGAGGAGCUCAGGUGAGUGGAAUCAGGCGAUUAAGAAGAGCUGGCUGAGAGCUCAUUGGUUGAAAACACUUUGGGAGUAGGGAAGAAGAAACGGGGCUGAUUCAGACUAGGUGUGUGGAUGGGUGAACGAGCGAAAAGCAGCACAGGAACGCAGGAGGAAAAACAACAAACAGAAGAGACAAAAUCCUGAAAACACCUCAGCAAAGGGAACGGGACUAAAACCAAGACCAUGACACUGUCCCAAAUGUGUUUAUAACUUUUAUAACACCAGCAAACUUUUCAUUUAUGUUGCAACAUAAAGCAGGUUUAGAUGAUCUGUCUGUUAAAGACCCCAGGUGCUUUACAAAAGGGCCUUUACAGAUUUUCAUCUAGAUGCUUUACAUAUUCUUACAUAACAUGUUUUGGCACAUUAAUGGUUUUGUGACAUAAGAGCUCUGUCCCCCUUAUGACCUGCUGUGUCUCGUUCAGAAAAGUGCAUAAGAAAUCUUUUUUUAAAUGAAACCCGCCUAUGGAUUUAUAGCUACACAUAAGUGCGUGCUCAGGAAUGUAAUGGGCCUAUGAAAAGAAGAGUCAUGACAUUUUGUAAAUUCAUUCAUACUGUACUCACUCUGAGGGCAUCUGGUUAAUGCAGCGGUGUCAUCACU